AUGGACACGGUGGAUGGAUAUCAGUAGAAGUGAUGUAACAUAGUGGACUGCUGUCUGUCUGCCAAGACGAACGCUUAGCCUCUUGCGAAGUUCUUGGCUGUUAGUCUCGGCGAGCCGUAACAAAGAAUGUGACUAAACCGGAAGCUUUAUAGUAUCAUGCCUCGUUUUAGUAGGUAACUGGGGUGGGGGGUAAAAUCGUCUGCCAGCAGUCCAGUAAUACAAGUUCGCGAUGUGCUACACGAUCAACUUUCUCUUUCGGGGGAAAAUGACGGUUUGUGAACCCACUUCAUCCCCAUGAAUUACACCUUGUAGAGUCUGAAAGUCAAUUUCCUCCUCAACUCAAAAAUUAUAUGAGGAGCACAUAUACGCACAAAGAAAAAUCUGUCGUGUUGGUGGGACAAGCGGAGAGGGAACUUCGAAAACAGGAAGAGUUGACCCAGCUAACCCUGUUGACAGGAAAGUGCGCGUGUGCAGGGAAACUGCUACAAAAUGUGGUACUUAAAAUCACAAGGUUCUUCGAGUUUAAAAAUUGCUCUUCUUGUUGGAAAGGAAUAUGUUCUUGGCAGACGAGACUGUGAUAUCCUGAUCGAAAAUGAUCCAAGUGUAAGUCGUAAACACGCAAUCCUGCAAGUGAUGCAUCCACAGACAAAUCUAAUCCAUGUGGACAGGCGACCAAACUUGACGUUCAGAGAUAUAUCGAAGUUUGGCACUUUCAUUAAUAACGAGAAAAUCAGCGGAGAAGUCAUCCUCGCAGACGGAGACGAGAUAAGGUUUGGCUCUCCACAUACAGUUUACUGUGUGAUAUAUGAACCCUUUGUGGUAACAUCAUCAUGUUUAGAUAGAACAGGAAAGAAAGAAGCUCGAAAUAUUAUCUGGCAGCUUGGUGGGCACUUUGUGGGCGAGUGGCUUGCUGACUGUUGCCUUUUAGUCAUGAGCAACAUAAACGUUACUAUCAAGGUUGUCUGUGCCCUUGCAUCUCAGACUCCCAUCGUGACACCACAAUAUCUACAAGAGUUCCUCCUCAGUCUCAAAGGAGAAAGAAACACACCAGACCCAUCAGAGUUUCUUCCCUGUGUCACAGAACGCCAUAUAAAAUCUGAUGUGUCAUUCCUGCCAGAUAGAAAGCGUUCUACAGUUUUUCAAGGGACCAUAUUUUACUUUCUUAGUGCCAAGCAGUUUCAAAAGAUGAAUGUUGCUGUGACAACAGCUGGAGGAGUUCCAAUUCUGACCGACACAGAUGAGAGCAUUGACCUUGACAGCUUUGUGGAAGAGAGGGCAUUGGUGAUGUGCCCUUCACAGGGUGAUAUAGAGGACCAGCUCAAGGAAUGGGUAACAAAGGUGACCAACCUUUUGAAGAAACAUGGAAAAUAUUUGAUACAAGAAGCAGAAGUUGGCUAUGCUGUCCUGUACAGCUCCACCUGUGAUUAUUGCAAUGCUAACAAAGAUGUUUCACAUCUAUUGCCAGCACCUUUAUCAUCUCAGAACCUGACACAGGCAGGUGGUCAGAGCUCACAGUUACUUAUUUCUGACAUGAAAAAUGUCCCUAAAGAUAAAUCAACUGUAGCUACUGCCACUGUAGAUAAUGAUGUGGCAAAGAGAGAGAAACAACUAUGCACAGGAAACAUGUCCAGAUUGUCACCGGCAGUUGUUGAUGACCCUUUGCAUGCAGGAAAGAUUAGACAGGUUAAGUGUGAGCCACCAAUGUUGCCAGGAUACCUGGAAUUCUCCAUCCCAGAAACACCAGACAUGCUAACAACAAACCAGCUUCUUCAGCCAAGUCAGAAUACUGUGCCAGACAGUUUUGAAACACACAGUCCUGAUUCACUAAUUUCAAACAACAAUGAGACACAUGACUGCUCUGCUAAAAUGGCUUUUGCAGAAUGUGGUAUAAAGAUUGAAAAAGAUGUCUCGGAGGUAAAUACCAGGUAUGGGAAUGAUCUCAAGUCUGAUGUGUCUUUUAGCAGAGGUCAAAAGGUCAAAACUAAAUGUCAGGCAGUGUCUUCAGGUGCAGAGUCAGAAAUGAUAAUUGAGAUCAGUGAUGAUGAGGAUGAAACAGCGACAAGCAAAAUUUCAAGAAAAUUGGCACUGUUUACAAGGAAAAGACAUCCAACAGAUUCCUCAGAUGAGGACAAGCAGGACAAUCCAUUCCAGCACAUUCCCAAAAGACCCAAAAGACCCAAAAGACCCAACCCUUUUUCUUCCCCACAUGAACAAAAAGAAGCCCAACAGUCAGGGUCAAAGAACAUUUAUGGACAAGAACUGAUAACCUCAGCAGUUAACAAUAUAAACAGCAAAGGACACUCCAGUCAAAUAAUCAAACCACCUGAAACAGAUUCAGCACCAAGUGGUAUCAGAGAAACUACCGCAAGAGAUUAUCUGCAGAAAACUUCCCAUCAGCAACCUGAAAAUAUAGAUCCCUUUAGUCAGGAGUUAAAACCUCCUCCACAUUCUGCUUACAGUCAGCAAACUUUUGAAAGCAAAGCAGUUAAAGAAAAAGGUCGUAUUGUUGAGUGUGGUCCCAAGAGUUUCGGUGUGCCCUUGCUUGAGGGAUUUCUAAGAGCUCAAAAGACCCAAGAGCAUGCUGGUGAUUAUUCUAGGACUGACAAAGUGGUGUCAUCAGUAGGGGUAAAGAUUCAAGAUCUUAUUGUUAGAGCAGCUGGCCAAGAAAUUCCAGCAUUUCCCAGAUUAAGUGCACUAGGAGAUGGAAUGGUGUUAUGGAAUGGACACAUGGUGCGCAAUGUGAAAAGGUUUUGCAAAGUCCUGCAUGCAGGUGCUCACCAGUUGCCUCGCAUCAUUGGUGGGAGGGACUUGCAGGAGCAUUGUGCCCAAUCCAAGACAAAGAUGGAUGAGUGGCUGAUGGAACCUCAACAGAUUGAGAAUGAGCAGUCUCAGCGAGAGAAAGAAAUGCAGGAACUCUUUGAUUGGCCAUGCAGCAGUAAGCCAGGAAAAAGGAAGCGUUAAAUCUCCUGAUUAGGUCAGCAAACUUUCAGUCAACUGUAUUAAGAUGCAGCAUGCAAAGAACUAUAACUCACAUCAGCAAGUACCUUUGUGCAAUGCUGAAAACAAUAUUUUAUAGUUUUGAUAUUUUAAUUACCUGGUUUCUGCCAGAGCUUUUUUAAAUGUGGUAUGUUCGUAAAUUUUUUGUAAAGCUCUCGUGUAGAAAAACCUGUACUACUCUGUUCCAGUUCACUGAUUCAUAUAUGUGACAUUAACAAAUUGGUAAAGAAGUAAUUGCAAAAAAUGGUCAGAUUUUGUAGCUUUAUUUUGGUGUAAUAUUGAUUUUGUAGUUUUAUGUUGUUUUCUUAGUAAACCUAUUGUGAUGGGAAAACAUGUUAUUGAUACAAUUUCCAGCUGCAACCUGCAAGGUAAUUCAAGAUUCUUGCUAGAUCAACAUUUCUGUAGUGGAUCUAUAUAUAUACAUUGAUGCAAGAAAUGAAUGGUACCAUGUUCAUAUAAUUUGAUUCUUAAAUAACUGUUAAAUGACUUGAUAUAAUAUCAAGAAUAAUUGUAGUGCAUGAUCAGUACUGUGCCUUCAUCAUCUGUCCACUAAUCACAAUAAAUUGAAUUUAUGUUUGCA